AUGGAAAAAAUUAUGGAAAAUAGUUUGAUAAUUGAACGAAAAAAUUUAUCUAGUACAAUUUUUUAUUUGCUAUUGUUUGUAUUUUAUUUACAAGCCAGUGUUGAUUGUUGGGUAUGGGAGGAUAGUUUUUUAGGAAGAGACAAUUUUCAUACAAAAAUUGAAAAGGAGUGGCCCGCCACUAAAAGCAGAAGUUUGAGUCUUUACAUACAACCUCAUAAAAUUACAACCAUAUUACAACCCAGUCAUUAUUGUAAGUCUGCAAAACCAUAUCUCAAUAUAAUUGUAGUCUCAAAAGAUGACAAUUUUGAAUCUCGACAUGAAAUAAGAUUUUCAAAAGGUAUACGAAGAAGAGUUGACAGUAAAAAAAUAACAAUAAAUUUUCUAAUUGGUUUAUCUAAAAAUUCUUCUGUUAAUGAAAAAAUACAAGAAGAGUCUCAAGAUUACGGUGAUAUAAUUCAAGAAUCAUUUCAUACUUCUUUUUAUAAUGCAACAAUAGAAAUUGGAAUGGCGUUUAAAUGGAUUAUUAAAAACUGUAAUAAUACACAAUACUUUGGUAUAUUUCGUGAUGAUUCACAUAUCGACUCUGUAAAUUUAAUUGAAACAAUAUCGAGGAUUCAAAAAAAUAAAAAUAAAUCAUUAUUAAUAGGACAUUUAAAGUCAAACGAAUAUGCUUCGAGGGAUCCAUACAGUGAUUGGUACAUGCCGAGUUAUGAGUUUGAAGAUGAAUACUAUCCGCAAUAUUUGGAAACGAAAAAUGGUUAUAUCAUGAGUUUUGAUGUUGUUAAAAAAAUUUAUAAUGUUGCAAUGUCACAACCAUUUGUGCAUUUUGAUGAUGUAUUUUUUACUGGAAUUUGUGCAGAAAAAGCUGGAGUUAAACGUGUUGAUAUUAAAAAUUAA